GUGGGGCCGUGUCGGGGCCAUGUCGCGACACAGGCGGGUUCUGCGGCGGCAGCCCGGCGGGGCUGCGGGGGACUGGGCUGCCGGCGCCGCGGGGCGCGCCCGGGCCGAGGCCCUCAGGGAGGUCGGCGUGGACGAGGUGGUGGAAAUGGCGGUGCAGCUCGCCCUGGAGCGGUUCCGGAGCGGGGACGAGGCGGAGAUGGAAUUUCCUUCUAGUUUCACUAGUACUGAAAGAGCAUUUGUUCACCGGCUCUGUCAGUCUCUUGGACUGGUAUCUAAAAGCAAAGGAAAAGGAGCCAAUCGCUACCUGACUGUAAGGAAGAAGGAUGUAUCAGAGGCACACGCAGGCAUGACUUGUGCCUUGGCUCUCCGUACGAAACACGCUGUUCGGAGUCUGAUUCAGCGCUUUCCCGUCACAAAUAAGGAACGCACGGAACUCCUGCCAAGGACAGAGCGAGGAAAUGCCUGUGCUGUUGAAUCUGAAUCUUUGAGCCAGUUCCAGCCAAACCUUUUUGGAAGCACAGUUUGA